UCUGUUCUGACUACUGUCACGGCACUGUUUGAUAGACCAGAAGAGGAAACAGACGCAGUUCCUCUCCCCACAGAGAUGGCUGGUGGUUGCCUGAGCUGCUUCUUUACAUACGUUUCUGUGCUACUUCUUGGGGUCUGCCUCCAUGAUGUGGAGGCGUCCAGUUGUCAACGUGUCAUCCACAAAAAAGUUGGAGACACCGUAGAGUUUUCAUUGUGCUUACCAACUGAAGGGGUCACAACAGCAAGAUGGAAAUAUAAAGACUCAAUAAUAGCAGACAGAGAUGAUGUCUCUGGAGAACAUCAGUUCAAGGGAAGAGUAGACCUAAACUCCACAAACUUUAGUUUAACAGUGAGAAGACUGACUCUCAAAGACUCUGGUGAUUUCAGUUUUGUCUCAGAGGGUGAGGGUGGCAGCCAAAGGAAAACCGUCACUUUCACUCUGAAAGUUCACGAGCCCUUAACUGUCAUAAUUGUUUCAAAUUCUACAUGGCACACCUUAAACGAAUCGUGCACAGUUUUGUUGGAGUGCCGUGCAACCUCUUACAUCAGUAACAGUGACAUCACCUACACAUGGGCCGUGAGGAAUCAAACCAGAGACGGCCCCAGACUGGAAUACAUCAUCAAACCUCAGGACGAAGACACCAAAUUCACCUGCACAAUUUCCAAUGAAGUCAGAAAGACGGUGGCAACCAAAACAGAGACGUGCAGAAACAGUACAGCUGGCACACAAGAAACAGGCCCAAACUUUAUGGUUCACCUGAGUGUGGCGGGAGUUGUCUGUGGGUUGAUUGUCGUGAUAGUUGGAGUAACUGUGUGCGUUUGUCACCGCAAACAAAGACAAGAAGCGGUUGACUCAAAUGACCUCACCGUGUACGCUGAUAUCUCUGACGUUGCGAUUGCAGAUGAGACCAUGAAGCCAUGCACACUGUAUGAAACCAUUGAUCCCAGAAUCGACACGGUCACUCCGGGGCCCCAGACGGUGUACGACAAGAUCCAGAUCAGUCGGAUGAGAAAAGCCUCGGUUUCGCCCUACCAAGAAAUUUCCUAGUGGAGCACAGCAUGAUGUAUAGCUUGAAUUACCUUUGAGUUGGUCUAUAUUGAUGACAUUACACAGGAAGCGCAUUUUUUGUGUGGCGCUGAGCACUGCCACAGAUGAUUGUGAUUGGUUUAAAGAAAUGCCAAUAAACCAGAGCAUAAGUAGACGAAUACACCUUGCUCAAAAGCUACAGUUGGGAAAGGCUACCAUGAAGAAGGAAAUGAGCAACACUUGGCAUAAAAUCGAGUACAAAAAUUAAAUUCCACACUUUUGUACAUUGAGAAUUGAGUAUUGCACCUUCCCUUUAUCAUAUUGUAAAACAAAAACCUCUAUAUAUUUUUAGCUACAUACGCCAGUUGUAUUAAUAUUGUUGUAAAUUCUGUAAAUACAGAUUAUAUUUGUAUUUGUACUGUACUAUGCACAUUUUUGUGCAUGUCUUACUUAGACCUGCCUAGUGUUUCAGCCUGUGCAAAUGCCAUCAUAUUAAAUGACAAUAACUGUCA